AUGAAUGAAGAUCUGAGUUCUGAAGCUGGGUCUGGAAUUGAAGUUAAAGUCGAGUUCGAAUCUGAUUCAAUAAGGACACAACAACGACAUGCCAAGGCGUUGAGAGAAGCUGCAUUAGUUGAAAAGGCUCUUGAAACUCACAAUUUAGCCAAUGAUACAAUGUCUAGAUUAAUGGUGAUUGAAAUGUACUUUAGACAUUUAGAUGAUGAUAGAAAAAAGGUUGAUGCGAGUGAAUUGGUGGCAGUGUCUCUAGGAUGGGGAAAAGUUUAUAAAGAGAGAUGUAUUAGAGCUUGGGCUAAACAAUGGAUCUAA